GUUUUAUGCAUGUUCAGAGAGAUGGGAAUACUGUUGCCCAUAAUCUCGCUAGAUUAUUUCCUUUUGGUGUGAAACAAUGUUGGGAGAAUCAUUGUCCGGUUAAUGUAGUUCCGUAUGUACUCAUGGACUCGUUAUCUAUGGAUUAAUGAAAUCACGUUCCCUUUCAAAAAAAAAAAAAAAAAAACAAUCUUUCCCCCAAAGUAUCAUCAGAAUUGCAAUUACUACCGUUAUUCUCCACUUCUUCCCUCUCCUUCAAAUUAGCAAUUUAUUUGUUCACAAACAUACAGAAAUUAUCGUAUAUAGUCACUUAUUUUAAAGCAAUUUCACCUCUUUUCCUCCCUCAUCCUUCUCAAACAUGCAGGAAUAAGACGUACGAACAUCAAAGGGAAUAGAAAUAUGGUCACUCAUUACCCUUCUGCACCAAUCUCUUGCACGGAGGUUCCACCUAAUGCUGGACAAGUUUCACAAGUGACAGCUGCAGAUUCACGAUAUGCAUAUUCAGACUCUGCGAUUCAUGUUCUUAAAAAUGUACAUAUUUCAGCUCAAUUAACAGAUGAUUUUCUUGAACUUGCCCGCAACAACACCAACAACGAUCUCGAGACAUGUGGGGUUCUUGGUGCUUCCCUCAAAGAAGAGACAUUCUAUGCUACAACGUUAAUAAUACCGAAGCAGAAAUCAACUUCCAGCUCAUGUCAGGCAUUAAGGGAAGAGGAGAUCUUUAACAUACAGAAUGAUCGGUCCCUAUUUCCCGUAGGAUGGAUCCAUACACAUCCAUCUCAAAGUUGUUUCAUGUCAUCGAUAGAUCUGCACACGCAAUAUCCUUAUCAGUUAGCUGUUGCUAUGCAGGUAAUGGUGCCGGAGGCUAUCGCCAUUGUCGUGGCUCCCACUGAUAAGACAAGGAAUUAUGGUAUAUUCCGGCUGACGGAUCCUAGUGGAAUGAACGUUGUUAAGGAAUGCGAAGAGAACGGGUUCCACCCUCACCGGGAUUCCACCGACGGUAGGCCGUUGUAUGAACAAUGCUCACAUGUUUAUAUCAACCCAAACCUAAGAUUUGAAAUCUUUGAUCUUCGUUGAUAUGACUGAACAUACUGCUUUGUUUCCACAUUUGAAGACAAUUGAGGUACAUUUCUUUGCAAUCAUGCAUGUAAAGCUUAGUACGGCUUAGCAUCAGUAGUCAGUUCCAACUUCCAAAUGUAGUACAAACUCUUGUUGUGCACAAGGUUACAUAGAUCCAUCUCCUGUAGAUUGUUAAAAAAGUGUAAAUGCUUCUAAUUGUCCACUGCUCAAUAUGAAUAUAGGAUUAACUUAAAAGGACUAAAUAAAAUUUGAUGUAUUUUUUCUUUUGCA